UUGACUCGUCAUUUAUGUGACAAUUGCCAAUUGUUGCUUAUGACUGUGUAACAUUAACGCUUUUUGUUGUUAGUACGCUGAUUGAGAGCACUAGCUGCAGUUCCCCUUUGCACUUUUGUUAGUGCGUGCAUAGAGUCAGUACAGGUGACCGCGUUAAACGAACAAGUGGUGACAUUUUUUUACAUACAUACAUAUUUACCUAACAAAGUGUCAUACAAGUGAAUACAUAAAUACGAAUAUGUCUUUGGAUGUGGAUGAGGAAAAGGCCAAACAGGCGCUUGAUGAGGUCGAUUUCAGCAGCGGUUUCGAGACACAGUACUUGCAGGAGUAUCGGCCGUCGAAAGUGGUGCGCCCCACACGCCCUGACCCGAGCCUAGCCUGGUAUCGUGAUGUCAAAGCGGUGGUGAUGGUUUGCUUUCUAUUCGUAGUGCUUGUCACUGGUUCAGUUCUGUUGAUUCAGACAGUUUUCUCUGCUGAUCCCACAACUGUGGUGGUGCUCUUGGCUGCCUAUUUUGUGUUAGCUCUGUUCUUCAUUUGGCUUGAGGUGUUCAGCAAGCAUGUGCGUUGAGAGCCACCAAGCUAAGAGAGGCGCAAAGUAUUUGAAUUUAAAAAAAGAAUUUAGAAAAAGUGAUACAACAU